AUCUUUGAACACCAUACAGGAAGUAAAUAGAAACAGGCAGUUGGUAGCAAAAACGGGUUACGAAUCUUUUCUUAAGCAUUCAAAAUGGACAGAUUUUCGUGGACAAAUGGGCUACUGGAAAUAAAUGAGACUUUAGUUAUUCAGCAAAGAGGAGUAAGAUUGUAUGACGGUGAUGACAAGGCUAAAAUGGAUGUUGGAGUUGCCCUGUUGAGCACACACCGGUUGAUCUGGAGGGACAAUAAGAACCACGAAUGUUGCAUAGCCAUGCCUUUGUCUCAGAUCCUUUUCUUUGAGGAGCAGGCUGGAGGAAUAGGAAAGAGUGCAAAAAUAGUUAUCCAUCUGCACCCAACACCUCCCAACAAGGAGCCCGGUCCUUAUCAGCAGAGUAAAUACUCCUAUAUAAAGCUGUCCUUCAAGGAACAUGGACAGAUUGAGUUUUACAGAAGACUAACAGAGGAGAUGACCAAGAGAAGGUGGGAGAAUACGCCUGUUUCACAGCCCAUUCCUACAGGUACUGGACUUCAGGCAGGAAGGACGCGUGCAGUGGGGAUCGUUGGAAUUGAGCGUAAGAUCGAGGAGAAAAGGAAAGAAACGGACAAAAACAUUUCCGAGGCCUUUGAAGACCUCAGUAAGUUGAUGGUGAAGGCUAAAGAAAUGGUGGAGCUGUCCAAAUCUAUUGCCAACAAGAUCAAAGAAAAACAGGGAGACAUAACAGAGGAUGAAACAAUACGCUUUAAGUCCUACCUCCUGAGCAUGGGCAUUGCAGACCCGGUUACCAGGGAAACGCACGGUUCAGGCACGCAUUAUCAUAUGCAGCUUGCCAAACAGCUGGGAGAUAUGCUUCAGGCUCCUUUAGAGGAGCGUGGCGGGAUGAUGGCUCUCACAGAGGUGUACUGUCUCGUCAACAGAGCAAGAGGGAUGGAGCUUUUAUCCCCUGAAGAUCUAGUAAAUGCAUGCAAAAUGUUUGAGUCCCUGAAGCUCCCUCUGAGGUUGCGUGUGUUUGACAGUGGUGUCAUGGUGGUCCAGCUGCAGUCUCACAGUGAAGAGGAAAUGAUAGCCUCAGCUUUGGAUAAUGUUUCUGAUAAAGGCUCAUUGACAGCGGAGGAGUUUGCAAAGCUCUUGGGGCUUUCUGUUCUUCUAUCCAAAGAGCGGUUGCUGCUUGCUGAAAAGAUGGGCCAUCUUUGUAGAGAUGACUCUGUUGAGGGGCUGAGAUUCUACCCAAACCUUUUUUGAACGUUUACUUUUAUGAUUGACACUUAUUUUCAAAUAGUCGCCCUACUCUGACAAUAAUUUUCAGUCUGGUUAUGGUACAAACUGAUUAAUGUUAUAUAGGUGCAUUUAUAUUUUCCAUUUGUUUGUUUCUUUUUUGGAAUCUCAGACUAAGUUUUUGUUACCAAUACAUCCUCUUGUUACGUAUUUCAAACCAAUGUUUAUGACCCUUUAUUCUCAUGAUGAAUUAACUGUAAUGUGGUUGUAACAAAAAUAUAUCAUAAUGCAUAUUUUUGUUUCAAGAUUUCAAAUACUUCAUUUAUAAAAAUAAAUGUUCUUUUGAUUCAGUGAUAAAAUUCUAAAAUAAAACACAUUCUGCAAUAAAGGGCUUCAAAUGUUCAAUUUAAUUUUUCUAUUCUUAAGAAUGGAAGAUCAGACCCUGUUGUGGUGGCAGGUUUGACAGAUUAGAUUACCUUAGUAUGUAUUUUGAAAAAUAUUUAAAACAGGUAAAAAAGAAAUACUGUACUUUUUACAUGCUAUAGUAGCUUUUUAAUUACUGCCUAAACUUUUUGUCUUAGCUUUAAAUUGCUGUUUGAAUUUGUAUUUUUCCUCACCCUGUUUUCUGCUAUCUCUUCUAUAAAAGAAAACUGAAGGUCUGGA